AUGGCGGAAGUGAUGGCAAGCGCUGCCACGGGCGUGUUGGGCUCCGUCAUCGGCAAGCUAACCGCCAUGCUCGGCGAGAAGCACCAGCUCGCCCGAGAUGCUAAGCAAGGGAUCUGCUUCCUGAAGGAGGAGCUGAGCACCAUGGACGUCGUGCUGCAGAAUCUCGCCAGCAAGGACGACGACCAGAUCGAUCCACUGGCCAAAGAUUGGAGGAGCAAGGUGCGUGAGCUAUCCCUCGACAUCGAGGAUUGCAUUGACCGUUUCAGGCUCAAUCACAGCCAUGGAGGUUCCAAGGCCAACUUCGUGCGCAAGGCUGUGCGGAAGGUGAAGAUCUUGUUGCAGGACCGGGGACUAGCAGAGGAGAUCCAAAAACUAAAGAGCCUCGUGAUGGAGCAGAGCGAGCGGGCCAAACGCUACGACAUCCACAAGUGCCUCGGCGCCUCACCUCCGCCGGUGCCCUUAGAUCCUCGAGCAUCUGCCCUCUUUCAAGAGGCGACAGAUCUCGUGGGGAUCGAUGGUCCUUGCAAGGAGAUCAUCGAGCUGUUGAAAUCCGAAGCUCUGAUUCCUGGACAAGACAGGGAAAGUAUGGAGGAGGUGGCGACAAGUUACUUGAAUGAUCUGAUCAAUAGAAGUUUGGUUCAGCCAGUCAAGGUUGGAGCAGAUGGCGCAACAGUGAAAACUUGCAGAGUUCAUGAUGUCAUACUUGAGUUUAUUGUAUCAAAGGCUGUCGAGGACAAUUUUGUUACUAUAUGGAAUCGUAAUGGGUUUUCUGACAAUUAUUCUUCCAACAAGAUUCGUCGUUUGUCCAUCCAGGAAGACAUUUCUGGCCAGGCUGAAGAGAUGAUGAAGACAUUAAAAAAUGCAGCUCAUAUUCGAUCAAUUAGCAUUUUUGGCGAUAAUAAUUCGGUGCUGGGUAAGCACGCCUCUGAAUUUUUAAGUAGCCAAGUCUUGAGAGUGCUGAAUAUAAGAGGUGGUGGGGUUGGAGAAUUCUAUCUUGGACAUGUCAAAAGAAUCAGUCAAAUGAAGUACUGCCGGAUAACCGAUGGAACCCAAGACCUCCCAGAAGAUAUAGAAAAGCUGCAACAUCUAGAGACACUAGAUAUUUUUGACACUGGCAUUAGAAAACUACCGGCAAGUAUUAUCCAAUUGCAGAGGUUAGUGCGUCUUCGUGUUGAUCCGGAGGUGCAACUACCCGAUGGCAUUGGGAAUCUGCAGGCACUGGAAGAGCUGUCAACGAUCGAUUUGGGUUUUCAAUCUGUAAAGUUUAUCCAAGGGCUCGGCGAUUUGAUCAAUUUGAAGGUACUUGAAAUUUUCUGGCAGUGCGACACUGUAGGACGUGACGUGGAAGGCCAUAAGAAAGCAUGUAUCUCUUCGCUCACCAAGCUGUUCACGAGACUUCGACAAUUAUCUGUGGUGGGGUGGCUUGAUGCCACGUUUCCAUUCAUGUCAUUAUGUGGUGGUACUCCACCACCACUUCAGAGGCUUGUCCUUUCUAUCUGGAAUAAAUCAAGUGCCGUGCCCCAUCAAAUCAGCUCGCUUCUCAACCUGACCCGCCUCUACAUUGGACUUAGUGGUGAAGUAAGCAAGGAAGGAAUAAAUAUCCUAGCAAGUUUACCCAUCCUACUCUCUCUUACUGUUUUCUUGGAUGACAAAGAGGGAGAUUCAGGCGUCUUCCACCCAAGGCAUGCAAUCAACAGUCAAGGUUUCCAACGCUUGGUCAAGUUCACAUUCCGCUGUUGGUCUGAGGCAGUGUUAGAAUUUGAGCCGGGAGCCAUGCCAAAGCUCCAAAUGCUCAAGCUGGACCUCCGCGCACGGUGCCAAUUCAAGUAUGGGGACGGUGGCCUGGUCCUUGGGCUGCAGAAUUUGGCAGGCCUCAAACAUGUCGCUCUCAGUAUUAAAUGCGAAGCUGCUACUGCUGAUGAGGUUGAUUCUUUGGAGGAUGACAUCAGGGGUGCAGCAGGCCUCCAUCAUAACCGUCCCAUAGUCCAGGUCGAAAGAUGGUGUCUAAGGUUUGAUGGCACACGGGUGCAGCAGGCGACCAUCCGGACAUCAUAA